AUGUACAUCGCACCUCUUGAAGAAGUGGUUGCAUCAUUUGAUGGCGUCCAGUUGAUGUCAUACGCGGAUGACACACAACUCUACAUGGUCAUCAACUCAUCGAAGAAGACUGCUGCAAUUUCGGAACUUGAACAAUGCAUCAACUGUGUGAAAUCCUGGAUGAUCGCGAAUAGGCUGAAACUCAAUGAUGGGAAGACAGAGGUUCUGCACAUCACAUCCAAGUUCUUGAGGCGAUCAUCACCUACUGACACAUUUGCAUGUAGCAAAACCCACGAAUGCUUUCCUGUAACCAUCAAUCGCUUCAUUGAGUGUACAAUUCCAGAUGGCAGAGAAUGUGCUGAAGGGGACACAGUGUGUCAAAGUGACGUUGAGAAGGAUAUGCAAGGAUUAGAAGCCAUCAAGUCUAUCCAUAGACAGAUUGAUGAUGACCAUAAUGGCAAUGUGGACCUGUCUGAAAGUGACGAGUUUCUUCGUGAUGAGCUCCAGUACAAGACUGACUUUGAACGUCAGCACACAUUGCAUGGGGAAGAUAAAUUUAUCAGUGUUGAUGACCUAUGGAUUGCCUGGAAAUACUCUGAAGUUUACAAUUGGACGGUGGAACAGACAGUGUCCUGGCUAUGUGAUUUUGUAGGGCUGCCGCAGUAUGCAGAAGCCUUCAGAAAAAAUGCCAUUGAGGGCUCAGCCAUCCCAAGGUUGGCCAUAAACAGUGCCCAGUUUCUGACGUCAAUUCUGGGGAUCAUUGAUCCUAUCCACAGACAGAAAAUCUCCCUGAAAGCCAUGGAUGUUGUUUUAUUUGGACCUCCAAAACCUACCCACAGCUACCUGAAAGACACAACACUGUUAGUCUCAUUGGUGGUGGCUGUCGGUGGGUGUUGGUUCGCCUACGUCCAGCAUAGAUAUUCUCAGUCCCACAUCAAGCAGAUGCUGGGGGACAUGGAAGGGCUUCAGAAGGCUGAGGAUGCACUCAGUGAAAUGCAGGAAAAAUUAGACAAAGCCCAGGAAGAGCAUCAAACUGCAAUCAGGGAGAAGCAGACCAUAGAAGCUAAGCUGACUGAUCAGAUAUCAAGGGCCAUGCAGGAGGCAGAGAGGUUGAGAGAAGCAAGGAAAGCAGACGUGAAGGAUGGAGGCUGCAACACGCAAGUUGAGCUGGAAGAGAAACUAAGACUAGCUGAAGAGGAAUUAACACAGCUACGGAAUGCAUUACAAGAGGCUGAGAGGCGAUUAGAAAGUGGCAGUGGAUGGCGCCCGCCAGCAGUCUUACAGCAGUGGCUCCAGCUGACCUACGAGACAGAAAAGAAAUUCUACUCUUUUAAGAAGACUGCAGCUGAUAAACAGCUCCGUGAAGCCAAGGAUGUGGUUGAAAAGAUUCGUAAAAAGCGAGGAACAUUCAUGGGUUCAUUCCGCAUUGCCCAUGGUAACAUUUUAGACGAUGUAGAUGCACGAAUAGUCAAUGCAAGGUCUGCUCUGGCAGAGGUCACUACGGAGCUGAAGGAACGGUUACAUCGCUGGGCAAUGUUGGAAGGGCUGUGCGAUUUCAAUAUCAUCAAUAAUCCAGGCAUCCACCAUUUAAUUACAACGCUUGGUGUUACUAUGCCUGAAUCCUCCACAAAGUCAGUGAGGAGCGCCCUUGCAUUUGGAGGUUCCAUCGGUGCGGCCAUGGUGGUGGGAAGUUUAGCCCAUGUGGAAGCCAAUGCCCCCAUGGGCCUUGAUGAAUGUGAUGAGGAUAUGCCACCACCACCAACAUACAUGUCAGCUGUCUCAGCUGGUGAUACCAUGCCUCACCAGUCACUACAAACAUCCAGUACUCUCUGCCUUUCUGAAGACAAGCUGAGCAUAAAGAAAUCUAAAAGCACCAACAACAUAGCCAGCUAUGGAUCUACACUGAGUCUGAUCCAGGCCUCCAACGCAGCAGUCAAGGCCAAGACACCACCCCCACAGAGCAGCAUGCACCAUACUGACCCUCCGAAAUUCACAGAAGCACUUUCAACUCAUAAGAAGCCUGACGGCAGCAGUACAUCUGGUAUUCAUUCCACCAACAGGCCUCAGAGGCUCCAUGUAUCCCAUUCAGAAAACGCCCUAGCCAGCUUGGUAGUUGGCACAGAGAAUGACAAGAGGCACAAUGAGUCAGCUAGAGGGCACGAGAGCAGAAAAUCCAAGAAAGACUCCAAAAAAAGUAGCUCAUCACAGCAGGAUGGUGACACAGACAGCCUCGAGAUGGAGGAAGAGAGAAAGAAGAAGAAGCGGUUGAGGAUACCAGGCAUGUCCGCUAGUAGCAAAAUCGAAAGGCUCAAAACAUGUUAAUGAACCAAAAACGGGCUCCCA